GUAAUAUUGUGCGAGCGAUAAUAUAGCCAUAUUGAUAUCGAGCGGUAGUUCAAUAUGAUUUUAACAGGCACAAAUUUGGGUCAACGCCAACAUGACUUCAACACAAAAGUCAAUGAAGCUGCCAAUAAACGCAUAGAUUUUCAGCAAAUUAAACAAAAUCCAGAAACAUCAGAUGUGGACAAACUUUUUAAGAUUGAUUUGGCAUCAAAAUACAAGAAUAUUGAAUAUUUCAUUGAAGUAUUGAAAUCGGGAGAUAGCUUCCACAUUAUAAGGGUACUUAAACACAAUUGGAUGUACGAUGAUAAAUACUCUCAUAUAAUAAAUGUGGACUACCUUGAACACAACGUCUUCCCAUACAUGUCGAUUAAAAUGAAACGUAAACUAUUAACAAACAUCUCUAAUAAUGUAACAAACGAAAAGCGCUCUAAAUGCUUUUACAUAUAUUGCGUGAGCAAAUGUUUAUACCAUAAUGCCACAAAAUUUCUUCUACAUACAUCAGAAAGCUUUAAAUUGAAUGCAAUUCAAACUCAAAUGGAUAUGUUGAAUAAUUUGGAUGAUAAUUUAAAAUUUUUCAUUGGUGAUUCUUUUGAAUUGGUUCAUGCAUAUUUAAAAGAAAAAAAGAAUGGUAGAAACGCUAUUUUCUAUGAACUCAGACAUAUGUACUCCAUCUCUAGUGAGGAGUACUUGGAUGUCGUUGAAAAGUACUCCAAGGUUCAUGAUGAUAAACCCAAAUGUCUUGGACUAAGAAUAUCCAAAGACAUUAUGAAGAAUCAUAAAAAAAGAGUACUUCAUAAACCACGUCUUUAUAUACCAAUAAUUAAUAAAAAUAUAUUGGUAAAGCACAGCACCUCCGAGGAAGCUAAAAAUUACUUGAAAGCUCUAUUACCGGAGAAUGUUGAUCAUUUUUGGAGCAAUAUAUUUAUUUCUAAAUAUAGAUCAAUCAUUGAUGCCCUUGCAAUUGGAGAAAAGUUUAAAUUUUUGAAAAAAAUCUUCUCUGAUAAAUAUCCUGGUGAGAGAUUUGAGAUGAAAUCAGAUUUCUACCUUCUUGAUUAUUAUGAAAUUAUGACAGAAGAAGAAAGAGAGCUAUGGGCUUUGGAGCACUUAGCACUUAAUGAUGACGAUAAUUAUCAAUAUUACAAAUUUUUACCCUUUGACAAGGCGUUUGAAAGAAUGACAAAAGAAAUUCUAGUUACACCUGAUGCACUCCAACGUAGUAGAAUUCUUGAGACUGUAGUGGAAACAGCAAAAACUAAGGAUCAAAUACUGAAGUUUCUUGAAUAUUAUUAUAAUAGACAUGCAAAUGAGCGAUACAAAGAUUCAUUCAUCUCUGUACUUUUAGACAAACAUUCAGUUUUAGAUUUUGAAGAAGACUGCUUUAACAUUGUUCUUAAGCUAAUGAGAAGUGUGAAAACUAGUUUUUAUGAAGAUAAAUUUAACGCACUCAUUAUUAUUUACAGUAUCCUUAGAGGCAAAGAUUUUACACAAAACGGGCUUCCAGUCUGUUUGAAAGGUUUGAUUCGCACUAGUUUUUCCAUAACACAGUUAACUGAUCAUGUCAAAAAAUUAGAUCCUGAAAGGAAAGAAAUAACAUACCAAGGGCUUCGUGAAAUUUCAAUCGACGUUUUAAAAAAUCUUUUAGCUGAUACGUCUAACGAAUACUACCACUAUGAGCUCAAAGUGUUCAUUCAAUUCUACUUGAGUUUUAUAAAGUAUUUUCAGAAGCCCAACAGUGAUGUUCCUGAAGCUGUUGCAAAAUAUAUUGAAUCUAAAUGGGAAGAUUUUUCCAAUCAUGCAUUUUUUGUUGAUAAAAAGAUGACGCGAGAUAAAGUCAUGCGUUUCUUGAAAAAAGAUGCAAAACUAGCAUGUGACUUUCAAUUGAUCGAAAAAUAUAUCACAGAAAGUCCUGUGUGCAGGGAUGAAGACUUCAGGCUAACUACAGUGUUGAGAAAACUAAAAGUUUACUUCUCUCAUGAUAUCGCUCAAGAAUAUCUGAAAUAUUUUUCCCAAUGUCUAACUGAGAAAGCCAAACCUAGACAGCUUAUACACACAGCUAUUCACGGAAUAUUUCAAUUGGCAGAUGAAAAUCGUAAGCUAGAUUUCUGUAUGAAACAUGUACCAGAAAAUCCCAAAAUAGACCACGUAGAGAUAGAUGAAAGGUUGCUUGUUAUUCAAGAAGGGAUUUGUCGCUAUGCUUUUUAUGCAAGACCAAAUGUGCCUCUUUCAAAGAUUCUCCUUUACGUAAAAGGGGACUAUGUCCCAUUUUGUCUACAAAUGUUCAAUUAUUUUGUAGCAAAUCUCCCGCCACAACUCUGUUUACAAUUCGUGGAGGCAUUGAUAAACGCUCCAGUGAAAAUUCAAAAGCACGGUUUGCGCUUAGCUUUUCAAUGUUUCAGCGUUGAGGAUUUGAAAAAAAUUAUAGUAAAAGCUUGGACAAAGAACAAAAACAUAUCUUUACGCGUGGUCAUGUACACAUCAAUGUUUCAAAUUAUUCAAAAUCAAGAUCCAAAUAAUCAAAUAGAAUUGUUCGAGCUGUUUAAAACAAUGACCUUAGACUUGCAUAAAGAUGAUCACGAAGACACUUUCAGAGUUAUAAGAAAAGCUUAUUUACUGCCAGAACAUCUCAAAGGUGAUUACUAUGAAGCUGCGUGGAAGGCAGUCAGCAAAUUUCCAGAUAGUACAAAGGGCUCUCAAAGCAAACGUGCGGUGUUGCUCGGAAUGGUAGACAAUAUUUCAUUAUUAAAUAAAGAAUUUCUCCUGUCAGUAAUCGAAGACCACAUUCGAGAUGUGUUGAUGGAACAACAAAACCUGGAAGAGCAAUCGAUUUGCUCUGCAAAGUGGGAUCUAGUCACGACACUUAUAAUAAAAGUCACUGAUGAAGAGGGCAACAAAACAAACCUAAAAUUGGUUAAAUUAAUAUUACAAAAGUGUCUAGAGAAGUGGAAUGAAGUGAACGAUGAAAUAUUUACGAUGCGCCAAUUAUGUCAUGAUUUUAUCAACAGACUUGUAGAGAAAAAUACUGAAGAGCGGGAUUCGUACUCCAAAUCCAAUGCCAUAUUUGAUUCAAUUUUGCAAGACCUGCUUAAUGUUUUGCCUGUUGAAGAAGUUUAUUUGAUAUUUUGGGAUUUGAAAUUGACUAUGAUCAUUAAUAAAGUUGCAGAUUUUGGUAGAGAGAAAAUUAAGUAUGAAUCAGAAAAGCACAGCCGGAAGACUGAGAUACUUAGAGAUGUGAGCCUUAACUUUGCAAACGAGAUUGGUGCCUUGGUGCAUGAUCUAGUGGAAAAAGGACUUUACCAUACAUCGUUUGUUGAAAAAAUUGCUGAUAAAAUCGAUAGUAAAAUAGUAAAUUUGCAGAACAUGUUAAAUAUCAACAGUAUUAACUGUUUUGACAUGUACAUUUCUAUAGCGGAUAGCUUGACGAACUUAAACAUGGCCGAAAUAUAUUUGCUAGUAGCCCGCAUUUUGCCUUUAGAAUGCGAAGAAGGAUAUGAAGAGGAGUACAGAAAACUUCUAGAAAAGAUAAAAUCGUACAACAACAGUGAAGUAAGAUGUUGUGUGUAUCAAAGAUUCAUGAAUAAUGGUUUUAAAAGGAGGAAAUAUUAUUAAAUAAAGUAGGUACUACUAUUUAUGGAAGUAGGUACUAUUUCUUUAUGCUAAUAUUAGUCUGGUAACGUAAUUUACAUAAAAUGUAUUAUACUCAUUUUACUAAACUUGUCAUGUUACUUAUAUCCACAACAGUUGCAAGCUUAAUAUUUUUAAUAAUAUACGAGUAAUAUAGUCUUUUUACGACUAAUGCGUAAAAUAAGUUACGAACGUUAAAGUAGGAGAACUUAUUUUACAUUUGUUUUGCUUGAAUUAGUGCCUUUAUGUGCCUCUAGUUUUUAAAUGUAUAGCUUAUUUUUCUUGUUAAUGUCUUGCACAACUCAACACAGCUGUUGUAAGGUUAAAUAGUUUUAACACAAUUGUUAAGGAUUUAAAAAGUAAGCUUCCGUAGACACGAUGAACAAAAAGCAAGAAAAAAUUAGGUUUACUUUCACUGACUACUUAUUUUUUGUAAGUGGCUUUGUUAUUUUGUAUAUUUUUAUUAAAUUUGCUUAUUU